CGGGGCCGCUUCGGCACCGUGGCCUACCUCGGGCCCGUGGGCUACGCCCAGGGCGAGUGGUGCGGCAUCGUCCUCGACGAGCCCGCGGGCAAAAACGACGGCUCCGUCAAGGGCAAAAAGUACUUCGAGUGCAAGCCCAAGCACGGCCUGAUCGUGCGGAGCCACGAG